CCGGGUGUGCAAGGGCCCCGGCUGCGCGCGCUGGGGGCAGGGCGGCAGCUUCCCACAGCGGAGACUGUGGGGCGGUGGGGUCGGAGGGGCCGCGAGGCAGAGCGGAGCCGAGCACCGCCCCCUAGCCAGCACCUACGGACGCCGGGUCCCACGUGACAGUCCCUUCCUCCCUCCCCAGUCGCGCGCACGGGCCGGGCGUCUCGGUCCCGCGCGCGCUCGUGGUCUGAGAGCCCGGGAGCAAAGCGAAGCGAAGGAGGGAGCGGCGGAGCGCGGGCCGUCAGAGCCCUGUGCCCGCGCGGAGGUGAUGAAGCUGGCCGCGCGCUGACACCGCCGCACCCAACCGCCGGGAAGAAGGCGCCUCGGGCCGCGACCUUCAGGAGAAGGGAGGACUGAUAAUUCUUGUAUCUAAGAGUGGACCACGUGUGUGGUGACAUGGCCCAGGGGAAUAAUUAUGGGCAGACCAGCAAUGGGGUGGCAGAUGAAUCACCCAACAUGCUGGUGUACAGAAAGAUGGAAGACGUAAUAGCACGCAUGCAAGAUGAAAAAAAUGGAAUUCCUAUUCGUACCGUCAAAAGCUUUCUUUCCAAGAUACCUAGUGUCUUCUCUGGGUCAGACAUUGUUCAAUGGUUAAUAAAGAACUUAACCAUAGAAGAUCCAGUGGAGGCACUCCAUUUGGGAACACUAAUGGCUGCCCAUGGCUACUUCUUUCCAAUCUCAGAUCAUGUCCUCACACUCAAGGAUGAUGGCACCUUUUACCGGUUCCAAACACCCUAUUUUUGGCCAUCAAAUUGUUGGGAGCCAGAAAACACAGACUAUGCGGUUUACCUCUGCAAAAGAACAAUGCAAAACAAAGCAAGGCUGGAGCUAGCCGACUAUGAAGCAGAGAGCUUGGCCAGGCUGCAGAGGGCAUUUGCUCGGAAGUGGGAGUUCAUUUUUAUGCAAGCAGAAGCACAAGCAAAAGUGGACAAGAAGAGAGACAAGAUUGAAAGAAAGAUCCUUGAUAGUCAGGAGAGAGCAUUCUGGGAUGUACACAGACCCGUGCCUGGAUGCGUAAAUACCACUGAAGUGGACAUUAAGAAGUCAUCCAGAAUGAGAAAUCCACACAAAACGCGAAAGUCUGUCUAUGGUCUUCAAAAUGAUAUUAGAAGUCACAGUCCUACCCACACACCCACACCAGAAACUAAACCUCCAACAGAAGAUGAGUUACAACAACAGAUAAAGUAUUGGCAAAUACAGUUAGAUAGACAUCGAUUAAAAAUGUCAAAAGUUGCUGAUAGUCUGCUAAGUUACACGGAACAGUAUGUAGAAUAUGACCCAUUUCUUGUGCCACCUGACCCUUCUAACCCAUGGUUGUCUGACGAUACUACCUUCUGGGAACUUGAAGCAAGCAAAGAACCAAGCCAACAGAGGGUAAAACGAUGGGGUUUUGGCAUGGAUGAAGCACUGAAAGAUCCAGUUGGGAGAGAACAGUUCCUUAAAUUUCUGGAGUCAGAAUUCAGCUCAGAAAACUUACGAUUCUGGCUAGCAGUGGAGGACCUGAAGAAAAGGCCUAUUAGAGAAGUCCCCUCUCGAGUUCAGGAAAUAUGGCAAGAAUUUCUGGCUCCAGGAGCCCCCAGUGCUAUUAACUUGGAUUCUAAGAGCUAUGACAAAACCACACAGAAUGUGAAGGAGCCUGGACGAUACACAUUCGAAGAUGCUCAGGAGCACAUUUACAAACUGAUGAAAAGUGAUUCAUACCCACGUUUUAUAAGAUCCAGUGCCUAUCAAGAGCUUCUACAGGCAAAGAAAAAGGGGAAAUCUCUCACGUCAAAGAGGUUAACAAGCCUCGUUCAGUCUUAUUAAAAGGAUCAUCUUGUAGCAUGAAAGUGAACUGGAGUCAUUGCAUAUACUUUGUAGUUCUUUGUUGUUACCUGCAGCAGAGGACAUUAGACCAAGAUGUUGCAUGAGCAAAGGACCUGAAUUGUUCUUUCUUUGUGUACAUUAAGGCACUGCCAUCUCCAAGGGACUCUACCAUCUCGAUGCCUCCAUUUCAAAAUGUCUGCUAACUUCCUCCUUGUACUAAGCUGGAUCUGUGUCUUUUCCUUUUUUAACGAUUCAAGUGAAGUAAAUCUUUUUCCCCCCUUUCUCUCAAUCUUAAAGCUUCUUCUAGACACACACAGUUCACUAAAAAUUCAAUCACAAACUGGAAGAAUUGUAAAAGGAAAAAAAGCAUAUAUCAAUAAGUAUACAUACAGCUUCACAUUUAUUAAAUAAAUUAGCACAGAAAGUUUCAUUUCACCAAUAUAUCACAGUCAGAAACAAGCUUAUGUCUUUGUCUGUUGUCUGUAUAUUCUUGGUUAAUGUUUCUCGCAUUUAUUUUUAUACCAUAUUUAAAUGAAACACCUUUUACUCCAAAUGUAUUAAAGUUGAUCCCUUCUCUGUAAAUUUGUGAAUGUUUAUAUUGUUGUUUUAUCUUUCAUUAAAAGAUGCAUAAUCUCGUUGCUUUUGUAA